GAUAUUGUCGGUUUUUAAUAGUAUUUCGUAUAUACGUACAUAGAGGCGCUGGUGGACAUAACCAUUCCACUAUUCCAUAUUGUUCUUAGGCUUUUCUCUUCACUCUCCACCUCCACAAUCUCCACUUUCUUCGGUAUCGUAACAUUCGUAACGUGUAUUGUUAAUAAAGUCGUUGUAGAAGUUAGUGCGUGGUUACGAUAAAAAUCACAAUGAAGCGACCAGCCGAUAAAAAGUAUCAAAAAAUACCAAUUAAAAAAGAAACAUUAGCAAGAUACUCUAAAGGUCCCGGACUUGAGACGGGACGAAAGACGAAUGCAAUAAAAAACAAAGUAGUGAGAAAGAAACUAAGGCAGAAAGAGCAAGCCAUAGAGGAACAGAUAGAAGCUUCCGCACGGACGGAACUACUACUGACGGAGGAGCACGGCUACUUGGAAGCGGAAUCUGGUGAAGUCACUACCGAGUAUCGGCAGAAGCAGAUCGCAGAGAACGUGGACAUAACGAGCGCAGCCAAACGCUUCAAACUGGAUUUGCAGUUUGGCCCGUACUGCUUCAGAUACACCAGAAAUGGCAGGCACUUGCUCUUGGGCGGGAAACAAGGUCACGUGGCAGCUUUCGAUUGGGUGACGAAGAAGCUGGCCUGUGAGAUAAACGUGAUGGAGUCUGUGCACGAUGUUACUUGGCUGCAUCUGGAGACUAUGUUUGCGGUAGCGCAGAAGGAUUGGGUUUACGUGUACGACAAUCAGGGAAUAGAGUUACAUUGCCUGAAGAGAAUGAACGGCGUGACGAGAUUGGAAUUCUUGCCGUACCAUUUUUUGCUUGCCAGUGGCUCGAAGGACGGUCACAUGGCUUGGCUGGAUGUAUCUAUCGGCAAGCUGAUCGCUCGUUACAAUUCCAACUUGGGCAGAAUAUCUGUGAUGACGCAAAAUCCGAGUAACGCAGUGCUAUGUGUGGGCAACUCGAAAGGAGUAGUAUCUAUGUGGUCCCCGAACUCUCAUAAACCAUUGGCGAAAAUGCUCUGCCAUCAUCAGUCAAUUAUGACGUGCGCUGUUCAUCCGUGCGGGACUUACAUGGCAACCAGUUCUAUCGAUAAAUCCGUGAAGAUAUGGGAUAUUAGGCAAUUAACAGGGCCCGUGAGCCACCUGCACCUUCGCUCGCCCGCUCAUCGUAUGUCUUACAGUCAGCGCGGUUUGCUCGCACUCGGAAUGGGCAAUGUAGUUGAAGUUUACAGGGAAACUUCUGGCGAUUUCAAGCCAUAUAUACGACAUAGAACUGCUCGCAAUGUGAACUGCGUGAGAUUUUGUCCGUAUGAGGACGUCUUGGGAAUUUCUACCGCGAAUGAAUUCUCGUCGCUAUUGGUGCCAGGAAGUGCGGAAGCAAACUAUGACGCGCACGAGAUUAAUCCAUUCCAAACCAAGAGUCAGAGACGUGAGACGGAAGUGAAGGCACUUUUGGAGAAAAUACAGCCUGAAUUAAUUACUCUUGACUCGACCGAGAUACUCGAAGUUGACGUACCUACGUAUAAAGAGAAAGUGGAAGCAAAGAAAAAGCUUUUGUAUAUUAAACCGAAACCAAUAAACUUUGAACCUCGACGAACGAAAGCUAAAGGAAAAGGUGGCACCGCAAAAAUAAUAAAAACUAAAAAGAUAUUAAAAGAUGUGAAACGUCGGGAAAUGAUUGAAGCGCUUCGUGAAGAACAGAAGGAAACAAUACCGAAAAAGACUGAGAAGCAGAAUAAAGAUUAUGGUGUAUUAAAUAGAUUUAUUGCGAAAAAAUAAUAGAAUCGUGAUAGGAUUCAUAAUUAUGUGUGUGUCUGUUUGUGUGUAUGUGUGCGCGUGUAUGUAUGAGGUUAUUGUAUAUAUAGUUUAAUAUUUUAAUAA